GCUUCGCCCUGUCUAAAGAGGCGCAUCCUCGGGCGGAAGUGCAAUAACGGAAGCGGAAGUGAGCGCUCCGGAGACUGCGGGUCUGAACUCGGGUUGACGCGUCUGCAGCUACCGCAGAGCUCGUCUGGGUAGGCCGGGCCGUGGUUCGGCCCUCGGUCUCUGCGCCCGGGGCUCCUCCCAGCACCGAGUCCGCUCUCCCCGCCGUGGCCACGCCCCUCCGCGUCCUGCGCCUCGACCGCUCGGCGCCCUGCUGCUGCGGCCCGGGCGGAGGAUAGAGGCAGCCACCCUCCUGCUGGUGGAACGGGUUGGAGGCUCUUCCUGAGCCCAGCCGCAGUACGCUGAGGACCAGCGAGACUCAUCGAGUUCAAUUAUGGGUGUGAGAGGUUUGCAGGGGUUUGUGGGAAGUACCUGCCCACAUAUAUGUUCAGUGGUAAAUAUCCCCGAGCUGGCCAGGCAGCACCGAAACAAGUACCCCGAAUGUACUCCCACCAUCGUGGUGGACGCCAUGUGCUGCCUGCGGUACUGGUACACGCCAGAGUCUUGGGUCUGCGGUGGCCAGUGGCGAGAAUACUUUUCUGGCUUGAGAGAUUUUGUUAUGGCCUUCACAUCUGUGGGCAUCAAGUUGGUAUUCUUCUUUGAUGGCAUGGUGGAACCAGGUAAGAGAGAUGAGUGGGUAAAGCGAAGACUUAAGAACAACAGGGAGAUAUCCAAGAUUUUCCACCAUAUCAAGUCAAAAAGAGAUCAGCCAGGCAGAAACAUGUUCUUCAUCCCCUCCGGCCUGGCCAUAUUUACAAGGUUUGCUCUAAAGACACUGGGCCAGGAGACUUUCUGUUCAUUACGGGAGGCAGACUACGAGGUGGCUUCUUACGGUCUCCAGCACAACUGUCUUGGGAUCCUUGGGGAAGACACCGAUUACUUAAUUUAUGACACCUGUCCCUACUUUUCGAUCGGCGACCUUUGCCUGGAGAGUCUCGAAACCAUCAUGCUGUGUCGAGAGAAGCUCUGCGAGAGCCUCAGCCUCCACGUAGCCGACCUUCCCUUGCUGGCCUGUCUGCUUGGCAAUGACAUCACCCCAGAGGGCAUGUUUGAAAGCUUUCGGUACAAGUGCUUGUCCUCCUAUGCGUCUGUGAAAGAGAAUAUUGGCAAGAAAGGAAACAUUAUCUUAGCUGUCUCAGACUAUAUCUCCAAAGUCCUUCACUUGCAUCAAGGUGAGAAAAAGAUAGAAGAGAUGUUACCCCUGGGGACAAACAAAGCUCUUUUUUACAAAGGAGUGACAUCAUAUCUUUUGCCAGGACAGAAGUCUCCAUGGUUAAUUCAAAAACCCAAAGGCAUGACAGACAAGCAGGUGGUGAGUUUAAACCCCGAAUCCAAGCAAGAAGUUCCUAUGUGUAUAGACUCUGAAUGCAAACAAGAAGUUCACGUGUGCACCAAUCCUGAGUCCAUGCAAGAAGUUCCCAUGUGUAUGGAGCCUGAAUCCAACCAAGAAGCUUCCAUGUCCACAGAUCCUGAAUCCAAACAAGAAGUGCCUAUGUGCACAGAUCCUGAAUCCAAGCAAGAAGUUUUCAUAUAUGCAUUCCCAGAGUUCAAGCAAAAAUUACCUUCAGAAACAGACUCUGAGUUUAAUCUAGAAGCACUCAUGUAUACACAAUCUGAAAUUAAACAAGAAGACGCCAUGGAUAUGGAACCUGAAGUAAAACAAGUAACCAUGAUUUCAAACUCUGAAAUCUUAAAGGUGGCCAGGAUGCAGCACGUCCACUCAGAAAGCUACCUGGUGUACAACAUCCUGAGCAGCGGGGAGAUUGAGUGCAGCAACACCCUGGAGGACGAGCUGGACCAGGCCCUCCCCAGCCAAGCCUUCAUCUACCGCCCAGUCCGCCAGCGCGUUUACUCACUUUUACUUGGAGACUGGAAAGAUGGAGCCAGCAUCGGCCCAGUGGUCAAGGAGUGGUUUGUGUACCCUGGAAACUCCCUGAAGCACCCAGACCUUGUUAGGCCUCUGCAGAUGACCGUUGAAGGGGGUACACCUAGUUUGGAAGUCUUGUGGCUGAGCCAAGAGCCAGAAGCCCAGGCCCGGCGCCUGGACACAUUGCUAGCCUGCUUCAACCUCUCUUCCUCCAGAGAAGAGCUUCAGGCAGUGGAAAGCCCAUUGCGAGCGCUAUGCUGCCUCCUCAUCUACCUCUUUGUCCAGGUGGACACUCUUUCCCUGGAAGACCUGCAUGCAUUUAUCGCUCAGGCCUUGUGCCUCCAAGGAAAAUCAACCUCUCAGCUUAUGAAUUUACAGCUGGAUUACAUUAACUCCAGAGCUGUGCAAUUGGGUUCUCUUCUGGUCCGUGGCCUCACCACAUUGGUACUAGUCAACAGCGCAUGCGGCUUCCCCUGGACAACGAGCGAGCUGAUGCCCUGGAAUGUCUUCGAUGGCAAGCUUUUCCAUCAGAAGUACCUUCAGUCCGAAAAAGGGUAUGCUGAGGAAGUUCUUUUGGAACAAAAUAGAUCGUGGCUCACCAAGUUCCACAACCUGAAGGCUGUGGUCUGCAAGGCCUGCUCAAAGGAGAACCGCCGCAUUGUAGGCAGAACACACUGGAGCUCUCACCACACAGGAAGCAGACAGUAUGAGCAUGACCAGUGGAGAAGAUACUAGGUGUCAUACAGGAUCCACCAACCUAAUUCAAGACAUGUUUGCUUCUUCCAGAAGAGUAUGGAAAGAGGAUGCAGCACCUAGACCCUGCCCUCCUCCCAAGAUGUGAUGUCACCCAGUCUCAUCAUCAAGGAGAUGGCAACUGGGACCACACUUUAAAGGAAGGAAAAAUACUUUUCAGAGGUUUCUCCCACAUAUAUUGUAAAUAGUUUCCAUCAGUUUGUUUGAGAGUUGUUCCUGACUCCGUGACCUGGAACUCAUCGCUACCAUCAUAAAUGCUCUCUUUGAAAUCUUAGUUAUUUUCUAUUACUGGGCAUAGGCACCAUGACCAAAGCAACUUACGGAAGAAAGCAUUAAUUUGGGACUUCAGGUUCCAGGGGGUAGUAGAGCCCGUGUCCACCAUUUUGGGGCACAUGACCGCAGGCAGGAUAAGGAGGACUAUCUAACUGGGGAUGGCUUGGGGUUUUGAAACCUCAAAGCCCACCCCCAGUGACACACCUCCACCAGCAAGGCCAUGCCUUCUAAUCUUUUUCCACCAACUGGAGACCAAACAUUCUUUGACCCUAUGGGGUCAUUGUCAUUCAAACCACCACACAUGGUAUCUAAUAGCUAUACAAUCUGUCAGAAAUUCCUUUUUAAUAGAAGUUCUAACACUAACAGAAGUAAGUGUUCAACCAUUUUUUUCUCUUGACUUACAAAAGUAUUUGGAUAGGAAAAAAAAAAACUAAAUUCUUGCUUUCUUGUGUGAGAGUUGGUUCUGCUUGGAAGAAAAAUGGCUCAGAAUAAUAAUAGUGGCUGCUCUUCCAGAGACCCAAGGUGUUAUUCCCAGCACCCACGUGAUGGCUUAUAACUCUCUGUAACUACAGUUCCAGGGGAUCUAAAACCUCUUCUGGCCACUGUGAGCACCAGACACACCAAUGAGUCAUGUACAUACACAGAGGCAAAACACCCAUAAAGAUGAAAUAAGUCAGUAAAACGUUUUUUUAAAGAAACACGCUGGGUUAAACUUAGAAGUUUGAGCCUCUUUAAACUGUGAGGUUAUUGUCAUCUCCACGGGGAACAUGAGAGUAGCUGUGCCUGCCCGGAGCCCUUAUGGCGAUACUGUAUCUCUGGGGAGAUGCUCGUACUUCUGGUCAUUAGAAAAUGUAUCCUUCCAGUGCUGCUGUCUUUAAGAUUUCAGUAAGCUUCUAGAAAUGCUCGUUUCCAUCUUUACACUGACAGUUACCCAGACCACUGACUCAGAUGUGCUGUGUGGAGCUCUGGGGUUUCUCCUUGAAACUAUUGUAUUUAUAAGAAAGGUAUAUUUAUCUCCCACAUGUGGAAACAGUUGUAUUUAUUCAGCUUCAUUCUGCUCCUGAAGGACUUCUGCAUAGCGCAUAGGCAGAGCUUGUAGCCUAGACUUUGCUGCCUAGAUUUGGAGCUGGCUUUCACUCUAAUAUUUACUUCCUGUCCUUUUCAUUCUUCAUUUGCUACUUUCAAACAUUGCUUCCUUUAGAAGUCCUGUUUCUUGGCUGUUUACUUGUGCAACUCUGAAUUAAGAUUCUGAUCUCUUAGAUUGAAAGUAUAUUUCUAUGAAAGUUUUUUUCUGUCACAGAAUCUCCAUUUUGACUUGUCAAUAAAAUGUAUGUGUCAGUCAUAAGCUUAAAUAA